AUGAAUGGUGUAAAUACUGCAGGCGGAUUUUUGAUAACAACAGGAUCUCCUACUAGUGUAUCUGCAACAUUAGGAUAUGUUAAUAGUAACAUGAUACCACUUACUUCAACUACACCUCAAGGAACACAUUUAUUCCGUGAAAUACAAUCAUCUACAGAUAAUCAUGGAGAAUAUGAAUAUUUACAUGCAUUCUAUUGGAGUAUGUUAAGUUUAUUCCCUGUUGGUGGAUUUCCUACGCCUAAUUGUCCUGUCGCCUACUUUUAUUUAAUAUGUGAAGGUUACUGCACAAAAGAAUUUCAAGCUCGACUUGACAGUGUUAAAAAUUAUAUGACAUUAAGAAGAGUUCCAGCUGCUCUACAAGAACGUGUUAUCAAUUGGUUUGAUUUUUUAUGGUAUACAAAUAAAAUUACUGAUGAAGACAAAGUUCUACAAAACUUGCCGUAUAAAUUAAAAGCAGAAAUAGCUAUUCAUGUACAUUUGAAUACAUUAAAACAAGUGGAAAUAUUUCAAGAUACAGAAGAAGGCUUUUUAUCGGAAUUAGUAUUAAAACUACGCGUUGUAUUGUUUGCUCCAGGAGAUUAUGUAUGUCGUAAAGGUGAAAUCGGUAAACAGAUGUAUAUUGUUAAUCGUGGUAAAUUACACGUCUUAGGAGAUGAUGGACAUACAGUCUUGGCUACGCUGCAUGCUGGAAGUUAUUUUGGGGAACUGUCUAUCCUAAAUUUAGGCAAUAAUGGUAAUCGACGUACAGCAUCAGUACGUUCUCUUGGCUAUUCUGAUUUAUUCUGUUUAUCUAAAUCUGAUCUUUGGGAAGUUCUCAAGGAAUAUCCAAAUGCUAGAAGUAAACUUGAAGCUGAUGCAUAUAAAAAAAUGAAUCAAUAUCAAAAUAUUCCACAACAAAAUACCAGAGAUUUUCCAGCUAAAUCUCUCCCAUAUGAAAGAAAAAACUUGAAUAUAUCAAAUACACUGAACUAUCCUAGUUGUACUUCUGUGACUUUUGAAAACAUCCUUACAAAUACCACUCAUCCAACAGGCAAUCAAAUUAACCAGUCUCAUUUAUUCAUGAAUUCAAAUCAUGAUUGUUUACUGCGUGUUUCUAAUAGCGAUGGAUCAGAUGGCUAUGGAAGUGAUCCAAGCCGUUGUUCAGCUUUUCUGUCUACACCACAAAGAUCUCCUACUCCACCGGCUAUUUCAUGCGCAAACAAUUCUGAUAACGCUAAUAAUAUAACAUCAAAUCAUUCAACAUGUCCGCUGUCUAAUUUUACACUCCCUAAUAAUAUAACCAAUCACAAUCAAUCUGCAUUCUUCGAUAUUCAUGAAAAUCUAUCUAGUUCAGCGACUUUAGCAGUGAGUAAUAGUGUACCAGGAAAUAGUAUUCCAUUUCAUUCUAAUGAAAAUCAACAAGUUUUCAAUACUUCAGCAUCUGAAUCACAUCAGUACUCAUGGUUGAAAUCUUGUCCACCUAAUUCGACUUCUCUUGGUAAACAACGUAAUCUGUCGAUGCCCACAGAUUUAUUCCACGUGGCUAAAAAUACUUCUCGCUCAAACAGCAACCAACUUAGAGGAGCACCUAAUAUGAAAUCUCCACAGAAUCCAUCACAUAAUUUUUAUUCUAAUCAGUCGAAAAGAGUGGAAAAUGACAAUCUAUGUCAUAAAUAUUAUAAUUCUAAUUAUCCAAUGAAGGAAGAACAUCUCAGUGUUGUAAACUAUGAUAAUACAAUGAAUGGACAAAGAGUUAUCCCAGUGAUAUGCUUUGAAAAAGCCUCUACACCAUCUGUAUCAGAAGCGACAGUCUCAGAAGAUGAACAAGAAUUUCCAACUGUUUAUGAACAACACAACAGACAAUUGACAUCGCCGAAUGUAAUUAAAUUUCCGCCAUCCUCAUCAACACCUACAUCUUCACCAAUGUCAUUAACAACCCUAGAAAAAAAUUGUGUUCAUUUAAAACUUCCAAAGCAUAAAACUUCUAAUUGGAUAGGUAAAAGACCACCAUGGCCUUACAAUAAAGGCUGUUCAUCGUAUCAUUAUAAAUCACAUGGAUUAUUUAAAACAGGACAUCAUUCUUAUACUUCGUCUAUAGAUAAUCCAACGUCUACAUUUAUAUGUCAGUGUAAAACUAAUAAUAAUAAUAAUAAUAAACAAAAUAGUCAAGAAUUGAUUGAACACUUGAAUCAAUUGAAUUAUCGAAUAAAUAAAUUAGAGAAUGAUAAUUUUGCCUUACAAAAUUGUCUAUUAAAUCAAUCAGCUUCAAGUCAACAAUUACAUCCACCGUCAACAUCCCCAUUACUGCAGCAUAAACAAUCACUUCCAGUGAAUUUAACACGUAAGCAUAGUCUACCAGUUAAACCGUUAAGUAGCUAUCAACAGAUUCAAGAAGAUCAAGUCACACCGCCUACCACAUCACCAAGUAUAGUGAUCAAUGAAAAUUCAAUCAGUGAGUAUAGAAAUUUGAAAGAGCUCAAAGUUAAAAAAUCUCAGUCUAAUAUGCCUAAAAGACAAGAAAAUGGAGAAGAUGUGAAUGGAGACAAUUUAGACGAGAAACAAAAUCCAAGAGAUGACAAUUCACCCGUAUUUACUUUGGAUUAA